AGCUACUUUAUAAGCAGCAACUCUGAGCCUGAAAUGGCAGUCUCCACUGCCUUACUGUGGCCACAGGAUGGAUACCUGCAGGGGUCCCUACACCCACCUAAUCUCUCUUCUCCUUCUCCUCCUGUUCCCUUCAGAGGUAACCUGCCGUCCCUCUGGGAGAAGACCUGGCAAGAUGCAAGCAUUCAGAAUCUGGGAUAUUAACCAGAAGACCUUCUACCUGAGGAAUAACCAACUGGUUGCUGGAUAUUUACAAGGGCCAAAUACUAAACUAGAAGAAAAGAUAGAUGUGAUGCCCAUUGACCCUCAUGCUAUGUUCUUGGGGAUCCAUGGAGGGAAGCUGUGCCUGUCCUGUGUCAAGUCUGCUAAUGACAUCAGGCUCCAGUUGGAGGCAGUUAACAUCACUGACCUGAGCAAGAACAAAGAGCAGGACAAGCGCUUCACCUUCAUCCGCUCAGACAAUGGCCCUACUACCAGCUUUGAGUCAGCUGCCUGCCCAGGCUGGUUCCUCUGCACAGCAUUGGAGGCUGACCAGCCUGUCAGCCUCACCAACACACCAGAAAAGGACAUUAUGGUCACCAAGUUCUAUUUCCAGGAAGACCAGUAGUACUGCCCAGACCUACCUUUCUCCACUUCCAGGCCAUCAAUGACUCCAGGAACUGCCUCUCCACCUUGGGCAUAUAUGGGUUCUAAGGAGCAACCUUUGCAGAGCAGACCUGGGGAAGGAGGCACAAAAGCCCUGGUGACAGGACUCUUCCCACCGUCUCUCAGCUGAUCCAGUCUCUACUCUGCUUCCAGAAUGAUCUUCCAAAGUACAAACUGAAUCAUGGCAGCCCCUUGCUCAAAGCCCUUCCCUGUUGCCUGUUUCCCCUGGGUGAAAUCCAGACUACCUAUAGUGCCCAGGUGCCUUUUGUUCUUCUUUCUCUACCUCCCCUCUUCCACCACCUGCCAUAUCCAUGACCCAUAUCCAUCAGAUCACUUGCUGACCCUCACCAAAUGGCUCCCAUCCCCUGUUUUACCCACCAAUGCUGGUCCAUGGGAAGUUUUUUUCUUGUAGUUGAUUUUGUUUUGGUUUUGGUGCUAGGGAUGGAACCCAGGGCCUCACAUGCUAAUUGUGUUCUUUACCCCUGACCUACACUCCCAGCCCAUGAGGAAAAAUUUAAAUGUCUGGAAAAUAUAAAUUAAGGAGUUCAGGAUUAUUUUUAUUAAGCCAACUUUAUUCAGUGUGAAGUAGAGUCCUUCAUUUGGAGGUUAUGUCCUUUCUGAGAGGGACUGGAGAUUAGAAUGCUUCUGUAUUUAUGAAAUGAUGAUGAACCUGGCGAAACAGGUGGUAAUUUUUCCUUUUGUCCCUUCUUUUUAUGGUGCCAAAACUGUAAAAAUUAGUGGACUUUGUUGGCCCUGCAGUUUUUGUCUUUUUUGAAACAUUCCCAUAAUCUGGAACGCCUGCCUAUCCCUGAGCACCAUCUCCACUCCAGAACUUCCACAGCUACCUUUAGUUCUUACUCCUCAUCACAAGUUUCCAGACUGACUCUGCACUAUGCAAAAUGUGGCUCCCCAGGUCCUUUCUGCUCUGGAGGGAUGGAUCCACAAAUUGCUCUUUGACCAUGUUAGCACCUCUCUGACACUGAGACUUGUGUGAAAGGUAGCUGUCUGUCUCCCCUACUAGAUUGUGAGCUCCAGGGAGCAGGGAGCAUGAAUUGUAUAUCCCAGGUCCCUGAAGGACUGAGCACUCAGCCUAGUCUUUAGUAGAUAUUCAAUGAAUUUAUGUUGUAUGUGUCAGCUUUGUUUUAUAAUAAAACUGAAAAUGCCUACUUUGCUGGCUAUGACCAUGGCCUUGCCAGGUAUAGGGCAUACAGAACUGGGGAAAUGGGGAAGCCAAAUGGUUUUUCUCACCCAGGGAUGUGGCCUGGCUGCCUCUCCUCUGAGAAUCAAUCCUCUUCCCCUUUGGUCUUCACUCUACCUGGAUAACAUGAGAGCAAAUGUACCUAUCUGGAAGGUGUGGAACAGCAUUCUCCAC